AUGAUUAAACUACACGUUUUUAUUCUUAUAAUUCCACCUCCCCUUCUAUGCUUCCUGCUCAUCACUUUACCCUUGCACGUAAUUUCACAAAAUGUGGAUGCUGAACGAUCGAUUCUAUUGCACCUUAAACAACAAUUGGGCAAUCCACCCUCCAUCCAGUCGUGGGACUCAUCAUACUCACCUUGUGGUUGGCCGGAAAUUACAUGCAACCAUAAUACUGUCACCAAAAUUUCACUCAACGGCAUGAGCAUCACUCACAAAAUUCCGGCCAGAAUUUGUGACCUCAAGAACCUUACCGUACUUGACGUCUCCAACAAUUACAUUCCCGGCGAGUUCCCGGAUAUUCUCAAUUGUUCUAAGCUCGAAUACCUGCUCUUGUUGCAAAACUACUUCGUGGGUCCAAUUCCAGCUGAUAUUGAUCGGCUUUCACGUCUCCGGUAUCUAGACCUUACCGCAAACAACUUCUCUGGAGAUAUUCCCCCAGCAACUGGGCGGCUACGAGAGCUGUUCUACUUGUUUCUGGUUCAAAAUGAGUUCAACGGCACCUGGACAACGGAGAUUGGUAAUUUGGCGAACCUUGAACACUUGGCCAUGGCCUAUAAUGACAAAUUCCUGCCUUCAGCCCUUCCAAAGGAGUUUGGCGCAUUGAAGAAGCUGAAGUUUCUGUGGAUGACGGAGGCAAAUUUGAUCGGCGAAAUACCGGAGAGCUUCAACAAUCUAUCGAGUCUGGAACUCUUGGACCUCUCAGUCAACAACUUGGAAGGUACUAUCCCGGGAGGCAUGCUUACGUUGAAGAAUUUGAACUAUUUGUAUUUAUUCAAUAAUAGAUUGUCCGGCCACUUUCCUUCAUCCAUAGAAGCUCUCAACUUGAAAGAAAUUGAUCUUUCCGACAACUAUUUGACGGGGCCCAUACCGGCGGGUUUCGGGAAGCUACAAAAUUUGACAGGUUUGAAUCUUUUCUGGAAUCAAUUGUCAGGAGAGAUUCCAGCAAAUAUAAGCCUCAUUCCUACACUGGAAACCUUCAAAGUUUUUAGCAAUCAAUUGAGUGGAGUUUUGCCUCCAGCAUUUGGCCUUCAUUCGGAGCUCAAACUCUUUGAGGUUUCCGAGAAUAAACUAAGCGGGGAAUUACCUCAACAUUUAUGCGAUAGGGGGGCUUUGCUUGGAGUGGUCGCUUCCAACAACAAUCUCAGAGGGGAAGUGCCCAACUCCCUCGGGAAUUGCACAAGUUUGCUCACAAUUCAGCUUUCCAACAAUCGCUUUUCAGGCGAGAUUCCUUCCGGCAUCUGGACAUCCCCGGACAUGGUAUCAGUGAUGUUAGCUGGAAAUUCAUUCUCGGGGACACUUCCAAGUAGAUUGGCAAGAAAUUUGUCCAGAGUGGAUAUCAGUAACAACAAGUUUUCUGGUCCAAUUCCUGCUGAAAUCUCUUCUUGGAUGAACAUAGCUGUGCUCAUUGCCACCAAUAACAAUUUUUCUGGUCCAAUUCCUGCCGGGACAUCUUCUUUGGUGAAUCUAGUUGGGUUAUAUUUGAGCAACAACAGGUUUUAUGGUCCAAUUCCUGCCGGGAUAUUUUCUUUGGUGAAUCUAACUAAUUUAGAUGUGAGCAAUAACAGGUUUUAUGGUCCAAUUCCUGCCGGGAUAUUUUCUUUGGUGAAUCUAACUAAUUUAGAUGUGAGCAAUAACAGGUUUUCUGGUCCAAUUCCUGCCGGGAUAUCUUCUUUGGUGAAUCUAUUUGAGUUAGAUGUGAGCAAUAACAUGUUGUCUGGUUCAAUACCUGCUGGAAUAUCAUCUUUGUUGCUUCUAUCGGUGUUCAAGGCAAGCAAUAAUCUAUUUUCAGGAGAAAUUCCAGUGGAAUUGACUGGUCUUCCAUCCAUAUAUAUUCUGUGGCUUGAUGGGAAUCAAUUGUCAGGCCAACUUCCUCAUGAUAUAGUCUCCUGGAAGUCACUAUUUGCUUUGGAUUUGUCAACAAAACAUCUCUCUGGCCCAAUUCCAAAGGCCAUUGGAUCUUUACAUAGCCUCGUGUUUCUUGACCUAUCUGAAAACCAAUUCUCAGGUGAAAUCCAUGAAUUCAGUCAUUUCGUGCCUAACACCUUUAACCUUUCAUCCAACAAUCUAUCUGGGGAAAUCCCACCCGCCUUUGAAAAGUGGGAAUAUGAAAACAGUUUUUUGAACAAUUCCAAUCUGUGUGCCAAUAUUGAAAUUCUGAAGAGUUGCUACUCUAAAGCCAGUAACUCUAAAUUGUCAACCAAUUACCUAGUCAUGAUUAUAUCUUUCACCCUAACUGCUUCCCUGGUUAUUGUAUUUCUUAUCUUUUCCAUGGUUCAAAAGUAUCAAAGGUGGGACCAAGGGAGCAAUGUUGAAACAUGGAAGACGACAUCCUUCCAAAAGUUUGAUUUCACUGAAUCCAACAUAUUGUCGAGUUUGGCACAAAAUAGUUUAAUUGGAAGUGGGGGGUCAGGGAAGGUAUAUCGUACCAUCAUUAACCAUUCUGGUGAAGUGGUCGCUGUUAAAUGGAUUUCGAAUAAUAGGCAACUAGGCCAGAACCUCGAGAAGCAAUUCGUAGCAGAAGUCCAAAUAUUAGGUAUGAUACGCCAUGCCAAUAUAGUGAAGUUGCUAUGCUGCAUUUCGAGUGAAAGCUCAAAGAUUCUUGUUUAUGAGUACAUGGAGAACCAAAGCUUAGAUAGAUGGCUUCAUGGUAAGAAGAGGGCAGUGUCCUCAGUGGAUUCAGCAAGUGAUAUUAUCUUGGACUGGCCGAUGAGGUUGCAAAUUGCCAUUGGAGCUGCUCGAGGCCUAUGCUAUAUGCACCAUGAUUUCUCUCCCCCAAUCAUUCAUCGAGAUGUGAAGUCCAGCAACAUCUUAUUGGAUUCUGAAUUUAAUACAAAAAUUGCAGAUUUUGGAUUGGCCAAAAUGUUAGCAAAGCAAGCAGAAGACCCUGAAACAAUGUCUGUGGUUGUAGGCACUUUCGGAUAUAUUGCCCCAGAGUAUGCUUAUACAAGAAAGGCGAAUAAGAAGAUCGACGUCUACAGUUUUGGAGUUGUGCUUCUAGAGUUGGCCACUGGAAGAGAAGCCAAUAGGGGGAACGAGCAUAUGAACCUUGCUCAAUGGGCAUGGCAGCACUUUGGAGAGGGAAAAUCCAUUGUGGAAGCACUGGAUGAGGAGAUCAUGGAAGAAUGCUUCAUGGAAGAAAUGAUCACUGUGUUCAAACUAGGCCUCAUGUGUACUAGCAAAGCACCUUCUGACAGGCCUUCCAUGAGGGAGGUAUUGCUAAUUCUUGAUCGACGUGGUCCUCAGCAAGGUCAUGCUACAUAAAAAACGAACCCAUCACUUUUCAUGAAGUUAAAUGUAGUUAUUUAGAAGGUGUGCGUUGCAGAACUGAAGAUACCAAGUAAUCAACUCUACCUCUCUUGAUAUUG